CGCGCGGCGCGGCCAAUGGGCUCAUUGACAUGCAAAUCGCGGGGUAUAAAGCGGACGGCGCGGGGCGGGAGCGGGGCUCAGGGGCCGCCAUGGCGCCGCGUACCGAUCACCCGCUGCGGGGCCGAGGCUGCGCGGAACCCCGCGCCGACCGCAGGACAAGGAAGCCGCUGGUGGAGAAGAAGCGCCGCGCGCGGAUCAACGAGAGCCUGCGGGAGCUGCGGCUGCUGCUCGCCGAUAGCGAGUUUCAGGCGAAGCUGGAGAACGCAGAGGUGCUGGAGCGGACGGUGCGGCGGGUGCGGGCCGUGCUGGAGCGCCGCGGCCGCGGUGAGUGCGGGCCCGGGGGGCGGCGGGGGGCGCCCGGCCCGGCCCUCGCCUCACCCGCGCCCCUCUCUGUCCCAGGCGGCGGGCGGCGGCUCCUCGAGGCUAGCGAGCGCUUCGCCGCCGGGUACAUCCAGUGCAUGCACGAGGUGCACACCUUCGUCUCCAGCUGCCCCGGCAUCGACGCCACCACGGCUGCCGAGCUUCUCAACCACCUGCUGGAGUCCAUGCCCCUCAGCGAGGGCGGCUGCCCGGACUCACUCACGGACGUUCUGGGGGAUGCCGCGCUGCUAACCCUGCCUGCCGGGGCCCCCCUGGCCCUGCCUGCCCCGGCGCCCUCGCCGUCCCCCAGCGAGGAGACCUGCUCCGACUCGGACGAGGCGGAGGCCGAGCCGGGCCAGACCCGCACGGACGGACUGGACGCGUCGCAGACGCGCGGGCUGCCCUCGCCCGGCCUGCCCAAAUCCAUGUGGAGACCCUGGUAACGAAGGAGCGGGAGACAACGCACACCUACCUACGGGGGAGAGCAAGGGGGCCCACGGCAGCAGGGCACGGCCGGCACACGUGUGUGUGUGCGAGCGUGCGAGAGUGUGUGUGCACACACUCCAGGACUGUAUCAGUGGCGCUCUGACGCUGUCACACCCUGACAGGCUAAUAGCGAACGCGUUAACAUUUCAUUUGUGUGUGUGGCAUUUUGUAACUUCAGGGGUUUGUUUUUAUGAGAGGUUGGGGAAGGGGGAGGGGAGGGAGGAGGAGGGAGUUGGGUUGUAGUAGCAAAGCUCUCUGGAUACACAGCAGUUAUAACCCUCUCUCUUUUUUUCUUGGCCCUUAUAAGUGGCCCAAAUACCACUACCUUUUUUUUUUUUUUUUUUUUAAGGAAAAGCCCUUGUGUAUUUUAAAUCGUGAUGGUUAACUCCAUGAGAAGCUCGAGCUAAGUCUGCAUGCACGGUUUUAAGUGUUUUAGUGAUAGCACAGACCCCUGAAAGGGGUUGGUCUUGUUAGCAUCUGUACUCAGUAGCAGUCUGGAGUCUCCCCUUCAGUGAAGGGAGAGAAAACUAGAAACCUGGUGGAACUAGACAAACAUUUAAAAGAUACUGGUGGCAGGGUGCCUUUUAGAAAUGAGUGUCUUUAUGCACAUUUUGCUUUUAGCACAUUUGAGUUUAUUGUGACUUUAUGUAUAUUAGGGUGUCAAAUGUUUUUUAUUUUUAAUCUUUAAUAAAAAAAUAACUGAAUUCACAACA